AUGUCCGGGGGUGACCCCAAUGUCCACUGCCGCACGAGCAACCGGAAGAGCCUGAUCCUGACCAGCACCUCCCCCACCCUCCCGCGGCCCCACUCGCCGCUGCCCGGACACAUCGGGAGCAGCCCCCUGGACAGCCCCCGCAACUUCUCACCCAGCGCCCCCGCGCACUUCUCCUUCGCCUCCUCCCGCAGGACCGACGGUCGCCGCUGGUCUCUGGCCUCGCUGCCCUCCUCGGGCUAUGGCACCAACACCCCCAGCUCCACCGUCUCGUCCUCGUGCUCGUCGCAGGAGCGGCUGCACCAGCUGCCGGCCCAGCCCACGGCCGAGGAGCUGCGGUUCCUGUCCCGCCACUUCGGCAGCUCCGAGAGCCUCGCCGAGGAGGAUGGGGGGGCUCGGGGGGGCGGCCCGGCCCCCCGGCCCCGCUCCCGCAGCCUCAGCCCCGGGCGCUCGCCCUCGUCCCACGACAACGAGAUCGUGAUGAUGAACCACGUGUACAAGGAGAGGUUCCCCAAGGCCACGGCACAGAUGGAGGAGCGUCUGGAGGAGUUCGUGCGCGGCUGCGGCCCCGGCGGGACCCCCCUGGCCGAUGGCGCCCUGAGCUUCAUCCAGCACCAGCUGGUGGAGCUGGCCCGGGACUGCCUGGCCAAGGCCCGGCACGGCCUCAUCACCGCCGGCUACUUCUGCGAGCUGCAGGAGAACAUGGAGAGACUGCUGCAGGACGCCUACGAGCGCUCCGAGUCGGAGGAGGUGGCCUUCAUCACCCAGCUGCUCUUUUAUUUUCUUUUAUUAGUCUCCUCGCCUCUCGCGCGGCUGCUCGAGUGCCUGGAGUUUGACCCGCCGCGGUCUCUCUCAGCUGCUGGCGCGGCCGCGGGCCGGGCCGAGGGACCCCUGAGAGCCGACACCCCCCGGUACCUGCUGAGACAGCUGGGCCGGGCACGCUCACCUGUCCCAUCACCUGUCCCCAUCACCUCACCUGUCCCUCACCUGUCCCCCCAGGGCCGCGCCGCCGCCCCCCGCCCCAAGGAGCCGCCAGGUGAGAGCGACUUCGAGACCAUCAAACUCAUCAGCAACGGCGCCUACGGGGCGGUGUACCUGGUGCGGCACACGGCCACGCGCCAGCGCUUCGCCAUGAAGAAGAUCAACAAGCAGAACCUGCUGCUGCGGAACCAGGUGCAGCAGGCCUUCGUGGAGCGCGACAUCCUCACCUUCGCCGAGAACCCCUUCGUGGUCAGCAUGUUCUGCUCCUUCCAGACCCGCCGACACCUCUGCAUGGUCAUGGAGUACGUGGAAGGCGGGGACUGUGCCACCCUGCUGAAGCACAUCGGGGCGCUGCCCCUGGAGCUGGCCCGGCUCUACUUUGCCGAGACGGUUCUGGCUCUGGAGUACCUGCACACCUACGGCAUCGUGCACCGCGACCUCAAACCCGACAACCUCCUCAUCACCUCGCUGGGCCACGUCAAGCUGACGGAUUUCGGGCUCUCCAAGAUGGGGCUGAUGAGCCUCACCACCAACCUGUACGAGGGGCACAUGGAGAAGGACGCGCGGGAGUUCCGGGACAAGCAGGUGUGCGGCACCCCCGAGUACAUCGCGCCCGAGGUGAUCCUGCGCCAGGGCUACGGGAAGCCCGUGGACUGGUGGGCCAUGGGCAUCGUCCUCUACGAGUUCCUGGUGGGCUGCGUCCCCUUCUUCGGGGACACCCCCGAGGAGCUCUUCGGACAGGUGAUCUCAGACGAGAUCCUGUGGCCGGAGGGGGACGAGGCGCUGCCCCCGGACGCGCAGCACCUCAUCUCCUGCCUCCUGCAGCCGGACCCGCUGCGGCGCCUCGGGGCAGGGGGGGCUCAGGAGGUGAAAGCCCACGGCUUCUUCGCCACGCUCGACUGGACGGGGCUGCUGCGGCAAAAAGCCGAGUUCGUGCCGCACCUGGAGUCCGAGGAGGACACGAGCUACUUCGACACGCGGUCGGACAGGUACCCCCAUGUGACGUCGUACGAGGACGAGGACACGACGGAGGACGAGCCCGUGGAGAUCCGGCAGUUCUCCUCCUGCUCCCCCCGCUUCAGCAAGGUGUACAGCAGCCUGGAGCAGCUCUCGCAGGAGCCGAAGCCCAAGGGGCGCCCGCGGGACGAGGGGAGACGCGACGGCUUCGCCCGCGAGCGCGGCUGGAGAACGGGAUCACCUGAGCUGAAGCACCGCUCGGCAGGUGAGGGGCCGCCCCCCGAGGGUGAGGGCAGCCCCCCGCCCGGCGCCCGCCGCCGCUUCUCGGCGCUGCUGGAACCGGCGCGCCCCGCGCCCGCCCCCGAGGAGCGGCCGUGCCCCCGCAACGGGGGGCGAGAGGGAGCGGCGGACGGGGCCGGCGAGGAGCCGGGGGAGCGAGCGCCGAGGGCCGGGGAGGCGCCCCCGGCCCGCUCCGAGCUGGGGCUGCGGCGGCCGCGGCACCCGGGGGUGGCUCCCGCCGAGGGCGGAGGGGACAAACGCAGCCCCCGAGCCCCCGGGAAGGUCACCAAGUCGGCGUCGGCCACCGCGCUGUCCGUCAUCAUCCCCAGCGGGGAGGCGCCCGGCUCGUCCCCCCUGGGCAGCCCCAUGUCGCCGCGGUCGCUGUCGUCGGACCCCUCGUCGCGGGACUCGUCACCGGGCCGGGAGCUGGCCCCGGCCGUAGCCGCCCCACCCCGCUCGCCCAUCGCCAUCCCCCGGCCCGGCAAGAAAUUCGGCUUCACCCUCCGGGCCAUCCGCGUCUACCUGGGCGACAGCGACGUGUACAGCGUGCACCACGUCGUCUGGCACGUGGAGGAGGGCGGCCCCGCGCAGGAGGCCGGGCUGUGCGCCGGGGAUCUGAUCACGCACGUCAACGGGGAGCCGGUGCACGGGCUGGUGCACACCGAGGUCGUGGAGCUCAUCCUCAAGAGCGGGACCAAGGUGCUGGUGACAACGACACCGCUGGAGAACACCUCGAUCCGCCUGGGCCCCGCGCGGCGCCGCAGCGCCCGCGCCAAGAUGGCCCGGAGGAACCGCCGGGGAGGCACCGGGAGCGGCCACGAGAGGCGGCGCAGUGCGCUGUUCCGGCACCUCGCCCGCCAGGCCUCGCUGCUGCACACGAGCCGCUCGCUGACGUCACUGAGCCGCUCGCUCUCCUCCUCCGACUCGCUGCCCGCCUCCCCCACGCACGCGCGGGCGCGCGACCCAGGGGCCUCCCCGCCCAGCAGCUCGCCGGGCUCCAGCGCUCCGCCGUCUCCGGCGGGGCCGCACCUGCGGCCGAGCUCCCUGCAGGGGCUGUCGCCGAAGCUGCAGCGGCAGUACCGGGCGGCGCGGUGCCGCUCUGCCGGCAGCAUCCCGCUGUCGCCGCUCGCCCACACGCCCUCGCCGCCCGCCGCCUCCCCGCCCGCCUUCCCCGCCAAGCUGCACCCCAAGGCCGCCGAGUCCCCGCGCCUCGCCCGCCGCGGGCUCCCCGAGAAGGCGGCGCCGGGGCCCCCCCGCAAGCUGGGGCUGGAGCCCCCCCGGAAGGACUUCCCGGCCGAGCCGCCGCUGCAGAGCUUGGCCGAGUGGGACGGGGAGGGCCCGGCCGAACCGGCCCCGCCCGCGCCCCCCCGCCCGCCGCCUGGGCCGGCAGGAGCUGCCGCUGCUGCUCGGGGGCCCCCCCGGGGCAGAGCCGCCCCCCCCGGGGCCGGAGGAGCCCGAGCGGGGGGCGCGGGGUCCCCCCAAGGCGCUCAGCCCGGUGCAGGAGCACGAGCGCGGGGGGGCGGCCCCGGGGGGGCCCCCGGUGCCCAUCGUGGUGGUGGGGCCCGGUGCUACCCCCGGGGACCCCCGGAGCGCCGCUGGCCCCCCCGGGCGCUGAGCUUUACCCGAGUCCCCCCCCCCCAAUCCCCCGGCUGUAAAUAG